GGGUUUUCAUCAAAAGCGACCGCGGCUCCCCCGAGCUCCCCCGCGGGUCGGGCCAGUGGUUGCGACCCGCCUUGCUUGCCACCCUGUUGCUCACCGCUGGGAGCAGGCAAAGUUUGUGUGGGGCAUGGCAGUUCCUGGACGCUCCAGAAGCUGAGCCCGGGACAAGUAGAAGGAAGAAGCUGGUCGCCGAGGGAGGGCGGCAUGGUGGAGGGGCUGGGAAGUGGGACUGGUUGCGAGGGCUGAGCUGUUGGCGAGGCGUGAGGGCUUAAGGAAGGGUCGCUUUGGGGCAGAGGCUCGGUCCUGUGGCGAGUCUGUGCAUCGAGGUCUGUUGGCUGAGGCCACUAUGGAGGAGGAACAAGCUGCCGGUGUGGAUCCGCAGGCGGACAGCAACAUGUCCGAGAGUUUCUCCAGGCUCUGGACGGAUGUCAUGGGGAUACUGGAUGGGUCAUUGGGCAACAUUGAUGACUUGGCUCAGCAGUAUGCAGAUUAUUAUAAUACCUGCUUUACUGAUGUAUGUGAGAGGAUGGAAGAACUGCGCAAACGAAGAGUUUCCCAAGAUCUUGAUGUGGAGAAACCCGAUGCCAGCUCCACAUCCCUACAGCUGCGAUCCCAGAUUGAAGAAUCUCUUGGCUUCAGCAGUGUGGUAUCAACCCCAGAAACAGAAAGAAAGCACCCCCUUCAUAAAUCAAGUUCUGAAGAAAGCUAUGUAGGUAAAGCAGACUGGAAAAAGAAGAACAGAUAUUUCUGGCAAAAUUUUCGAAAGAAUCAAAAAGGACUAAUGAGGCAGUCUUCGAAAGGGGAGGAUGUUGGUUAUGUGGCCAGUGAGAUCACAAUGAGUGACGAGGAGCGGAUUCAGCUCAUGAUGAUGGUCAAGGAGAAGAUGAUCACUAUUGAGGAAGCACUUGCAAGGCUUAAGGAAUAUGAGGCCCAACAUCGGCAUUCAGGUAGCAUAGAUUCAUCUGAUUGGCCUGAUGGUUCUUACCCAACAUUUGAUGGUUCCUCCAAUUGUAAUUCAAGAGAGCAAUCUGAUGAUGAAUCCGAAGAAUCAGUGAAGUUUAAGAGAUUGCAUAAGCUGGUCAAUUCAACUCGCAGAGUGAGGAAGAAAUUAAUUCGAGUGGAAGAAGUUAAAAAACCCAGCACUGAAGGUGUGGAUGAGCAUUCACUUGAUAACUCUCCCAUUAUACCAGAUGACAGAUCAGCACUUUACACCGGAGUUCACAAGAAGCAGCUCCAUUCAGAUAGCUCUUCUGAGAGGCAGCCAGAUGAUGACUCUGACUCACUCACCACAUCUCCUUCAUCCAGCAGCCUAGACACUUGGGGUACUAACAGGAAGUUGCUCAAAACCUUUAGCAAAUCUGAUAGUCGUGGCCUUAUUAAGCCCCCAAAGAAACUUGGGACAUUCUUCUCCUACCCAGAAGAAGAGAAGACUCCAAAAGUUUGCCGCUCCUUGACAGAUGGAGAGAUGAAAAAGAAUCUUGGCUCUUUGAGCCACGGGGUAAGUAAAGAAAGUGUUUGCAUUUAUGACAACAGGCGCAAGCAUCAUGUCCUGGUAUCCCUGGAGGAAAUUCAGAGUGUCAGGAAGCAGAUCCGACUGAAAAAAGCAGAUUCUAACUACUCAUGUUCAAGAGCUUUUCUCUGCCAGCGGCCUGCUAGGAAAAGCGUAUCCCCUUCAAUCUGUGACCUACAGUUGCUUCGUCACAAAGCCAAGGGGGGAGGAGGAGGAGGAGGCGGCGGCAGCUUCCCAAACAGAAGGCUUCGAGGGCGCAGCUCAGUCAGUGAAUUCAAUAUCACAUAUGUGGUGGAGAGAAGCCUGUACAGUCACCUCAACCUGUCACAUCUGGUGCGGCCCGUUACUGACAGGACCCUGAGCAAGGCUGAAGAGCAGGAUUUGAGGCGAUGCCUGCUGGAGGAGGAGGAGGAAGCAAAGAGGAAGUGGGCUGCCACAGUGGACCGCUGUACCAAAAGGGUUCUCUUGAGAAUCCACCAAAAGUCUCGGACCUGCAGCUUUGGUGGCUUUGACUUGACAAAUCGCUCCUUGCACAUUGGAAACAAUUUGGAUCAGAUGGGCAAAGAUGGUGAUUUUGUUUACAAAGAGGUGAUCAAAUCCCCCUCUACUUCCCGCAUAUCCCUUGGCAAAAAGGUGAGAUCUGUAAAAGAAACCAUGAAGAAAAGGAUGUCAAAAAAAUACAGCAGCUCUUUGUCAGAACAGGAUUCAAACCUGGAUGUAAUGCCAGAAUCUCCCCAGUCACCACAAACAGAUACUGAUUCUCUAGAUAAACCCAAGCUGAAAGCCGGUGGCUCAGUAGAAAGUUUGCGGAGCUCCCUAAGUGGUCAGAGUUCAAUGAGUGGACAGACAGUAAGCACUACAGAUUCCUCAGCCAGCAACAGAGAAAGUGUCAAGUCUGAAGAUGGUGAUGAUGAAGAACUUCCCUACAGAGGACCUUUUUGUGGCCGAGCCAGAGUUCAUACUGACUUUACACCCAGCCCUUAUGAUACGGAUUCCCUCAAACUCAAGAAGGGGGAUAUCAUUGAUAUAAUCAGCAAGCCUCCAAUGGGUACCUGGAUGGGCCUAUUGAACAACAAAGUGGGUACCUUCAAGUUCAUCUAUGUGGAUGUGUUAAAUGAAGAGGAAGAGAAGCCCAAAAGACCCACAAGGAGGCGACGGAAAGGAAGACCACCUCAGCCCAAAUCUGUUGAGGAUCUCCUGGACCGCAUCAAUUUAAAGGAGCACAUGCCCACUUUUUUGUUCAAUGGCUAUGAAGACUUAGACACCUUCAAGCUUCUAGAGGAAGAAGAUUUGGAUGAGCUCAACAUUCGGGACCCUGAGCACAGAGCUGUUCUCUUGACAGCAGUAGAAUUGCUACAGGAAUAUGACAGUAAUAGUGACCAGUCAGGCUCUCAGGAAAAGCUCCUCAUAGACGGUCAGGGUCUAAGUGGAUGCUCUCCCCGGGAUUCAGGUUGCUAUGAGAGCAGUGAAAACCUGGAGAAUGCUAAGAUCCGAAAGCCUGGUCUACCCUCAAAAUUAAUGAGUGAAUACACUUUUAAGGAUUUCCACAGGAAUCCACUAGUGAAUUAUCCAACUCAGCCCUCAACUAAAUCAAUAGAUGCCUUUCAGCAAGGAGAGAAGACGCAGCUCAGCUGCAUCCAUCAUGUUUCAAAAAGCUGCCUCAAAACCCCAGUAAUCAUGGGCCUCAAGAAGAACCGCAGAAGUUUACCAGUUGGCAUCUGUCGGAGCUAUGAGACUCUGGAAGGCACCCAGAGAGCACACUUGUGGCCAAGAUCUCAUUCUCUUGGUAACCUUAAUGGAGAACCUGGCACUGAAAAGAAGCUGGAUGCUCUCCCUCAAGGUAUGCUGGAUGUGAGAAAAAAGCCAAUUGGUUCAGAUGCUGGUGGGAAAGUGACAGAACUGUUGAUGGCUAAGCAGAAUAAAGAGGUGAAGGGAAAAGCAAAAGAACUGCACUUCUCUGCAGCCAUCCCUUCCAGAGGAACGCUUCCUCUCUUUCUGCCUCAGAAUUGUGAGAUUCGCUCAACUUCUCUUUCACGUGGUGCAACAUGGACAUCUCUUGAAAACUAUAAAAAGGGCAGUCAUGAACUUGGAAGGACUGAUUGUUCUUCAGUCUCAAAGGAGGCUAUAGAAGCUGAUCAAAAGGGCAUAGGUGAGGCAAGAACACAGUCAAAAAUUUCUUCACAGCCACCACCAGUCCCUGCCAAGAAAAGCAGAGAACGUCUUUCUAAUGGACACUGUCAUCCCCCAACAGCGCUUUCUAGUCCAGAUGUGCCAUCUUUGCCAGCAAAAAGGACUAUCCCAUCUGGCCCCUUGGAUUCCCAUGUAUUGACUGUGUGUAGAUCAUCCCAUGAACAGGAACCCAGCAGUACUUUGAGCAUACGGCCUCCUUGGCUGUCAGAUCUCCCAGAGGCUGCUAGCGUCCAGCAACAUGUAUUAAAACUAGACCCUUCUUCAACAAGAAAAAUCUCGUGUAAUAGAGGGCUGGACCUGGAAAUGUUGACAGAAAACAAGCUACAGGCUGAAAAUAUUGAUCUCACAGAAGACCCAUAUUCUGACAAGCAUGGUCGCUGUGGGCUUCCUGAAGCUUUGGUGCAGAGAUACUCUGAAGACUUGGAACAGCCUGAAAAAGAUGUUGCUAGCAUCAUGGACCAGAUCCGUGUGAAGCAGUUGAGGAAGCAGCACCGUAUGGCAAUUCCAAGUGGAGGCCUCACUGAAAUGUGCCGAAAACCUGUGUCCCCCGGACAUAUAACUUCCAUAACCGACUGGCUAGUUUCCAUUGGCCUCCCAAUGUACUCAAACUCCCUCAUGGCUGCAGGAAUUGAUGAGCUAAGCAAAGUGCCUUCUCUCACACAAGCUUGUCUUCAUGAGGCUGGCAUCACAGAGGAAAGGCACAUAAGCAAACUUCUGGCAGGAGCAAGACUUUUCAAAACCCUCAAUCCAGAAACCAUUUAACAUGCUCUGAAAUGUAGCAUUUGCUUGCUGGAGAACUUGCAGUUCCUUCUGUGUCAAUUAUAUCUUUAAUUUUUCCAGAAAACCAAGGGGGACCAAAGAAAAGCCCUUCAGAAGGCUCUGAGAUCUGUGUUUUUCAUCCCUACAGAACAACAGGAGCAGCAGUCAGCUGAGGGGGGAAUGAUAUUCCUUGAUUUCACUUCAAAGAAAAGACACAAGGAAUUUAUUUUCGUUACUAAGGAUUCUGAGGGUAUGUUGGGUCCCUGUGUAAUUGUCUGUGUCCAUUACAAAAAAGGGAUCUUUCUACUUGCUGCAAGAUAGUAACAAACAAACAAAAAACAAACCCUACAUCGAUUUCAUGCCCCAGGAACUGGGAUAAGGUGGCAAAGGGAGUAAAGUUGGGUCUCCAGGUGCUCUAGGUCUGCUUCUUGGUUAAGGUGCAGCUCAUUGACCAAGCAUGGAUCUAUAAUCCUAACCACAGACAUAAAUAAGCACAUCCCAUGGGGGAAGGGACAUUUAUUUAAGUUAUGUUAAGGAUUAAGUUCUUUAAUAGAGGAUAUCUGCUUAUCCAUUUUAUUCUAGCAAUCACUAGUAUAAAAAAGCUCACCAUCCUUUUGGUGUAGUUUUACAGGCUGCUGAGCUUCUAGGUAGGCCAAAGUUCUGGACAGGAUUUAGCUGAUCUUCCUUCUGUGUCAGUGCAGCUUAUCAGACAAAUUCAGCAAACUUCUUAUCUGUAUAGAAUUAAAGUCAUUUUUGUAACUACUUUUUUUGCACUCAGCUUUUUAUUUGCCUUAAAACAUGCUUUUUAGUUUAAUUACUUAUAUUCUUCUCUUCCCAGAUCUUGUUUUGUUGCCAUUACUAUUUGGCACCUGACAGAUUUUUGUCUAAUACAAUUUCUGUAGACUGACUCACUGUAACAUUAUCUUGUACAGAGGCUUUUUCUUUUAUUUUCCAUUUCAAAAUUGCAGAAUUCUGUUCUCAGGCUAACAAUUGUUUAUGGCAGCCUACGUUUGCUGAUAUUACUAAAAGGCUAAAAGUUAUUUAGCCAUGUGUGCGUGCGUGCGUGUGUGUGUGUAUUAAAAAAAUUAUAAAAAUGUGUUCAUGUUAAUCAAAAUUUGAUGUACUGUGUUCUAUCGUCAAUUGCUAUGCUGCAGCUUUGACUUGGUAUCCUGACCAUAUCAAUGGAAAACAUUGGUUUCUUUAAAAGAAAAUAAAAAGGUUGCCCAGGGGAAUUAAACUGAACUGAAUAAGCAAACUGUGUGUCUCACACAGUACCAGAACAAAAACUAUAUUCCAUUUUAUUGAUGGAGGGAAAAUUUAAGCAGUCAUUGAAACUCAAUAUACGAUCCCCCUUAUUGAAUGCUGAAAUUAGAAUUAAAACCAACACGUUCUGGGCUGCUGGAGCAGCCUGUACUUUCUCUGUACUAUUAUGUUCUCUCAUUUUCUAAAACUGUUAAAAAAUACAGUGUAAAAUCUCCUGCUCGUGUGUGAAUAUAGAUAAAGUUUAUUUUUGUACAUGACCAGACCUUUUGUAUACCAAAUAUGCUCAGCUUUAGUCAUAAGAUAUAAGUAUUCUAUAAUGUCCAUAAACAAGCUAGAUUACUUCUCAUUUACAAUAGUAGAAGCUUCUCAGGAUAUAUGACAGGCAAGGAGAGGUAAUUAAUUCUGUGUGGGAUUGAGAACUCAGAUAUCUAGUUCCAACCUGCUAUGAAAUUUUAAGCAAGACACAUCUCCUCUCUGUGCCUCCUGUGCUCUAUAAAGAAGUUGUAUAAACCUCUCCCACUUUAAAGUGCAUUCAACUUGUGCAACAAAAUGUUAAAGGCCCAAACAACUGUAGUUGCUGCCCCAAACUGGUUUUGACUUGAAUGCCUUUAGGCUUCAUGUUUCAUCACUGCCUUUGAAAUAAUUUAUUAAAACUGAAAGCAAGGACGUAUGAUUUAAUUAUAUAGGAAUACAGUGUUUUUCUGUAGUGUGUGUACACAUGUGUGCACAUAUAGAUAAUGGUUAGCUACAUACACUUGCCAACAGAAGCUCUUACUUCAUGCAUCUGAUGAAGGGCUGCAAUCCUGAAACUGUACGCUACAAUAAAUUUGUUGGUUUUUAAA